GGCGGGCCGUCCGGGUGACCUGCGCACUGAGGGCGUCGGCCGCCAUAGCGCCGGGCUGCGAUUCUUCCCCCUCGACAAACCCCGAGGAACUGGUUGAUGGUCGACGGCGCCGCCGCCUCUCUGCCCCAGGGGUCGGUUAGGCCGGCCAUCCGCUCCCACAACACACCGUUACCCUCCCGGCGGCGGCGGCUCCUUCCCCCCCUCCCCCCCACGUCUCCUUUCCCCUGACCCGCCACUCCCCCCCUGCUCUAUGUGAGAGCAGCCAGCAGCCAACAUGUCAAACCUGGGCAAAGCUGGGACGAAGAAAGACACCAAGAUGAGGAUACGAGCCUUCCCUAUGACUAUGGAUGAAAAGUAUGUAAAUAGUAUCUGGGAUCUACUGAAGAAUGCCAUCCAAGAGAUUCAACGCAAAAAUAAUAGUGGACUCAGCUUUGAAGAACUGUACAGAAAUGCAUAUACAAUGGUAUUGCAUAAACAUGGUGAGAAAUUAUAUACUGGACUGAGAGAAGUUGUAACUGAGCAUCUGAUCAAUAAGGUACGAGAAGAUGUGUUGAACUCAUUAAAUAACAACUUCCUGCAGACCUUAAAUCAAGCGUGGAAUGAUCAUCAGACGGCAAUGGUGAUGAUAAGAGAUAUCCUCAUGUACAUGGAUCGAGUGUAUGUACAACAAAAUAACGUAGAGAAUGUUUACAACUUGGGGUUGAUCAUUUUCAGAGAUCAAGUUGUGCGUUAUGGUUGCAUCAGAGAUCACCUACGUCAAACACUCUUGGAUAUGAUUGCACGUGAAAGGAAAGGAGAGGUAGUAGACAGAGGUGCAAUUCGAAAUGCUUGCCAAAUGCUAAUGAUUCUGGGCCUAGAAGGUCGUUCAGUGUAUGAGGAAGAUUUUGAAGCUCCAUUUUUAGAAAUGUCUGCUGAAUUCUUCCAGAUGGAAAGUCAGAAGUUCUUAGCAGAAAAUAGUGCAUCUGUGUACAUUAAGAAAGUGGAGGCACGGAUUAAUGAAGAAAUUGAGCGGGUUAUGCAUUGUCUUGAUAAAUCUACGGAAGAACCAAUUGUGAAAGUGGUGGAGAGAGAAUUAAUUUCUAAACAUAUGAAAACUAUAGUGGAAAUGGAAAAUUCUGGCCUAGUCCAUAUGUUAAAAAACGGAAAAACAGAAGAUCUAGCUUGUAUGUACAAGCUGUUCAGUCGUGUGCCAAAUGGAUUGAAAACUAUGUGUGAGUGUAUGAGUUCGUAUUUGAGAGAACAGGGCAAAGCACUCGUGUCUGAAGAAGGAGAAGGCAAGAACCCAGUGGACUAUAUCCAGGGUCUCUUGGAUCUCAAAGGAAGAUUUGAUCGUUUUCUUCAGGAUUCAUUCAACAACGAUCGCCUUUUUAAGCAAACCAUUGCUGGUGAUUUUGAAUACUUCCUCAACCUCAACUCCAGGUCCCCGGAAUAUUUGUCACUAUUUAUUGAUGACAAACUUAAAAAAGGAGUAAAAGGUUUGACAGAACAAGAAGUGGAGACUAUCUUGGACAAGGCUAUGGUUCUGUUCCGAUUCAUGCAGGAAAAGGACGUGUUUGAACGAUACUACAAGCAACAUUUAGCCAGAAGGCUUCUAACCAACAAAAGUGUAUCUGAUGAUUCUGAGAAAAACAUGAUCUCAAAACUUAAGACGGAGUGUGGCUGCCAGUUCACAUCCAAACUGGAGGGCAUGUUCAGAGACAUGAGCAUCUCAAAUACAACGAUGGAUGAGUUCCGGCAACAUUUACAAACUACAGGGGUUUCUCUAGGAGGUGUUGACUUGACGGUAAGAGUUCUGACAACAGGUUAUUGGCCGACUCAGUCUGCUACACCAAAAUGUAACAUCCCUCCUGCACCAAGACAUGCAUUUGAAGUCUUUAGAAGAUUCUAUUUGGCAAAGCACAGUGGUCGACAACUUACACUUCAGCAUCACAUGGGUUCAGCGGAUCUAAAUGCUACUUUCUAUGGACCUGUGAAAAAGGCAAAUGGCUCGGAGGUUGGAGUAGGUGGCGCUCAAGUAACUGGCUCAAAUACCAGAAAGCACAUAUUACAAGUAUCUACUUUCCAGAUGACUAUAUUAAUGUUAUUCAACAACAGAGAAAAAUACACAUUUGAGGAAAUCCAACAAGAAACAGAUAUUCCUGAACGAGAAUUGGUCAGAGCUCUUCAGUCAUUAGCAUGUGGGAAACCAACGCAACGAGUCCUUAGCAAAGAGCCCAAGUCAAAAGAAAUUGAGCCUGGUCAUGUUUUUAUAGUGAAUGAUCAGUUCACAUCAAAAUUGCACAGAGUCAAAAUCCAAACAGUUGCUGCCAAACAAGGAGAGUCUGACCCAGAAAGAAAAGAAACACGACAGAAAGUUGAUGAUGACAGAAAGCAUGAAAUUGAAGCUGCCAUUGUACGCAUCAUGAAAUCCAGGAAGAAGAUGCAGCAUAAUGUUCUGGUGGCAGAGGUGACCCAGCAGCUGAAGGCUCGUUUCUUACCAAGUCCAGUGGUAAUUAAAAAAAGAAUUGAGGGACUUAUUGAGAGAGAAUAUUUGGCACGAACACCUGAGGAUCGUAAAGUAUACACUUAUGUAGCAUAAGGUGCAUUCAACCAGUUUAUCUUCUGGACUGUAUAAUCGCAUGAACUGGGAGGUUCGUUUUAAAAAUAUUAAGAAGACCUUCUCCAAAUAAAUUGCAGUAAGUGUACUAGAUUAUUCAGAUCAAGCCCUCGUUCCCUGUGAUAAUUUUGAACAAAAAUGGACUCAACUUCUGGUUGCUCGCCAUUUUACCCUUGUAGAGAUCAUCCUUAAGAGUUCUUCGGGAAAAUGUGAAUGUGUUUUCAUUUUGUUUUCAGUACUGUACAAAAAAAAGGAAAUAAAAUUUAGAAAACGUGAAAUACCAUCAAUAAAAAUAAAAUAAUUGUUCGAAUUUCUUUUUCCCUGAUUCUCAAUGUUUAUGUCGAGGAAUUUUUCCAAGUGUUUGGCACCUCCGUGCUUGUAAGGAUUGGGUAUAUAAAGCUGGUUAAAUGAACUGCAACUGCCUCGCAUAUUGCCUUGCUUUUGCAGUAUUUUGCUGGGAAGAAGGCUUUAAUGUGAACUCCAAAAUAGUGAACACAUUUAUAAAAUGGCAAAAAUGUGCUAUUAAACAUGUUGUAUUUUACCAUUGGAUGCAAGUUGCUGCAUGAUUUAUUUUUAGUCAAUCUUUGGAUGGGGUCCCAUUAAACUGCCUGUAUUAUCGCUAAA